AUGAGGAAGAAGGAGGAAGUGAGAGUGAGAGGAACGAGAGAGGAACCAGAGGACAUGGAGGCGAGAAGAAUAGGCGGAAGGCGGAGGAGAAAUCGAAGCGGAAAAAGUGAAGCGGCAAUGAGUCGGCGUUUCUGGACUAAGGAAGGAGGAGGAGGAGAGGGGAGCGAGGAAAGAGCGAUGGAAGGAGGAACGGGAGAAGAAUCGGGAAGGAAGAGGAUUGGACGGGAGGAUCGAGAGAUCGAAGGAGAGGAGGUGGAAGGCGACAGUGGCGAGCCGAGCGAUAUAGAGAGAGAGACGGGAGAGAGACAGGAGAGCUCGGGCUGGUCGAUAAGCUCGAGUAAUCGAGUGAUCGACAAGGAAGAUGUAGAAGGAGCGGGAGAAGGGACAGGUAGUACAGGUAGCAAGCCACGCGGUAGUAGGAAACGGAGGAUAAGAACAAGGCAAAAGCGGAGGCAGAGGAAAAAGGAGAAAGACAGGCGGAGGAGGAAUCGAGAGGAAAGAGAGAGCAAGGGUGGAGAGGAGUGA